UUCCUCUUCCCCCAACACAGCUUCUCGCAUUUCAUAAAAAGUGAGACAAAUUACGUAGGAACGAGAGUGAUCCAAGAACAUGAACCACACGAUGGAUGAUCAAAACUUGGCUUUUAUCUCUCAGUUGUACCCUGAUGUCUACACUCAGAUACUACCUCAACAAGGAGCAGUGAAGCCACCGAAGCGACGGAGGAAGAAGAGCAAAGGAGCCGUGGCUACUGGAGAUGUAAGCAACUGCUUUUUUAGGAAGAGAAAGCUUACCGAUGAACAAGUGAACAUGUUGGAGAUGAGUUUUGGCGAUGAGCACAAGCUUGAGUCGGAGAGGAAAGAUAGACUUGCGGCAGAGCUAGGGCUUGACCCUCGUCAAGUUGCCGUUUGGUUUCAGAACCGUCGUGCACGAUGGAAGAACAAAAGGCUCGAGGAAGAAUACAACAAACUCAAAAAUUCACAUGACAACGUCCUUGGCGACAAGUGCCGACUUGAGUCAGAGCUCCUUCAGCUCAAGGAACAACUCUAUGAUGCAGAGAGGGAGAUCCAAAGAUUGGCAGAAAGAGUAGAAAGAGGCUCGAGCAACAGUCCCAUUUCUUCUUCAGUUUCUGUCGAAGCCAAUGAAACAGCGUUUUUCGGAGAUUAUAACGUCGGAGACGACGGUGAUGACUACGAUAACCUCUUUUAUCCGGUGCCGGAAAACACCUACAUGGACGGAGUAGAAUGGGCGAGUCUAUACAUAUAAAAUUACUAGCUUAAUGUAAUGUUUUAACUGUAUUAAUUAGGGAAGAAUAUUUUUAAGUAAUCUUAAUAGAUUAUGUAACUGCUGGAUUUCUAAUGACAAAUAAGUAUAACGACGAUGGGUUUUCAGAAA